CUCGCUCUUUCCUGCUUCCGCGGUCACACAGUCCUGAACGCUGAUGAUUUGCCCGUACAUUAAGUGAUGGGCAUGUUACGAUACGAAAACGAAGGCUCGAAGAAAUAGUUAUGUAGAUAUUAAAGAGAUAUAGUAAGUCUUUUUCAUAUAAUAGAAAGGAUUGAGUGCAAUAGUUUGUGAGUUACUGUGAAGCAUUACGACCGGAGCCGUUUUAUAUAGUAACUCGAGAAAAAGUCGGUUCCUGAGUUCAUGCAAGGGCAAGGAUGGCUUCCCGUCGGUUUCUCAUGCUUCUAGCAGCAGUUAGUGUGAUCCUGCAAGCCGGGUCUUCCGUUAUAGCCGAAGCCGACGAUCAUUAUUCAGGUUUUGAGACCACCACGGAAGAGGACCUGCCUGGCGAAGACCUCAGCGCUUACUUCAACGAACUAGAUGUAAAUCAGGACGAAUACGACGAUGGAAUUCCCGAUAAUUCCGAUAAUGAUACGAUAAAUGAUCUAGGUCGUCAGAACAAGCUCAUUACGAACGACGACACCUUCACGACCUCCCUCCUGAUGGAUAUUCGAGACAUCCUGUACAGGGACAAGGGGCAGAGCAGCCCAUCGGAAGCCAUGACUCAGCGGCUGGAGGACCUGAGCGAGAGCACCAAGGAUGCCCUCGAGGGCAUGGCGGGCAGCGUCGCGCGCCUGCGGGAAAACACCGACCAGAAAGUGAGCAUUGUGCUCGAAACAUUCUCCACCCUCAAGCUGCUCGUCUUGAGCCAGGGGGAGCAGCUGAGGGCGCUCGCGGAGAGGCUCGAGGCGGUUGAGGACGAGACCACCUCCUUCCACACGGAAAUGCGAAGCCUGAGGCGGUCGGUGGAAGAGGUGGAGUCGGCGGUGCGAGAGCGCAAGGCCCAGGCGGACGUGUACGCGUACUUCGGCUCCAACCACCUUGACGACGCGCCGCCCGAGCCGCCUGCCAACCUGACGGACCUCGACGACCGCAUUGGGACGACGAGCCACUCGCUCGACCAACUCACGUCCAAGAUGCAGUUCAUCUCCAGCGCCGUCGACACCAUCAGGGACGAGUUGCAGAAGGUGCAGCUGAACGGUACGGACCUCGAAGCAGCUCCCCAGGCUUGGGGGGAAGCCUCUGAGACAACGCCCGUCCCCGCGGCGUGCGAGUGCGACACGGCAGAGCUGGAGGUCUCCGUGGCCAGCCUCCGCGAGGAUCAGCGCGAGCAGAAGAAGAGCCUGCAGGAGAUCACGAAGAAGGUGGAGGACCUCGCCGGCCUCCACGACUCGGUGCGGCGCGUGGACGGCCUCGUCACAGCGCACGGAGGCCGUCUGAGGGAGGCUGAGGAAAUGCUGCAGGGCAUGACGACAGUGAAGAAGGACGUGGUUGCCGUCAAAUCUAGCCUACAGCACCUUCAGGAGGAGAUGACGGACAGCAAGAGAACUGUCAUCACCGGAAACGGAACCGUCAGCGUCAGCAUGAAUAAGCUGUGCGUGUGGCCCUACAAGCGCGGCGGCGGCGGCUGCUUCCACGUGCACACGGACACGCGCCUCAACUGGUCCGACGCGAGGGAACGCUGCCGGGAGAUGCAGGGCGACCUGGCGGCGCCGCGGCGCUACGGCCUCUUCAGGCAGUUCAUGAUCGAGCAGAGACUGGGCCGCGCCUACACCUACUGGCUGGGUGCUUCUGACGCCGAGGAGGAGGGCACGUGGCAGUGGGUGGAUGGGCGCCCCGUGGACAUGGGCUCGGGCGUGUGGGCGUCGAAUCAGCCUAACGAAGGGCGCGCCGCCAACUGCCUCGCCGUGAAGCCCGCCUACCGGUUCGUGGCGUCCGACGAGGAGUGCCACGCGGGCAGGUACUUCAUCUGCCAGCAGGAGGGGACGUAGGGUCGUGUCUGUCUGGCUGUCUGUUGUGUUGGUCUGUGUGUUUUUUUUCUUCUCUUAUUUCUCUUUUUUUUCUUCUCUCAUUUUCCCUCUUUCUCCCUUUCUCUCACCCUCUCCCUCUCCCUCUUCCUCUCCCUCCC